GGUCGGAUAUCAGUACAUGAUAAUCACACCAACAGAGCAAAACAACUCUAUAAAGGAUUCAGCUUCACAUCCCAACAAGCACAUGUAUGACCUGCUGCCAUCAUGUACGGCCUGCGUGCUUUUCUGCUCUUCUAUGUUCUGACAUGUGUUGGACAAACAGUGCAUGGGGGUAAAAUUAUCCAUGGCCAAAAAGCCCCAAAGAACUCACUGCAGUACAUGGUCUCUGUGCAAGACGACGAGGGCCAUGUUUGUGGAGGAUUUCUCAUCACUCCGGACUUUGUGAUGACUGCUGCACACUGUGGUGAAAUUAAACUUACACACGUUAUCCUGGGAACCCACAAUAUCAAGAGGAACAAUUAUGUAAAAAGAGAGAUUGAAAUGACUUACAUGCAUCCUAAAUACAACCCGAAAAAAAUUAAGUGUGACAUCAUGCUCCUUAAGUUAGCUGUUGAAGCUGACUUAAAUGAAAGAGUCCACACAAUUCCAAUUCCAAAGUUUAAAAAAAAAGCACUGGUAAAUCAAACAUGCUCUGUGGCUGGAUGGGGAAAGAUUAACCCCUGGAAUUCAGGGGUCAGUGUGCUGAGAGUGGUGAACGUGUCGGUCAUUGAUCCAGAAUUCUGUAAGAAGGAAUGGGAAGUUCUUCCUCCCAAUGUGAUCUGUGCAGGUGGAAGUGGCACAUACAAAGGAACCUGUAAUGGUGACUCUGGUGGUCCUCUGGUGUGCAAUGGGAUGGCUGUCGGCAUUGUUUCUUUUGGUAGCAGUUCCGACUGCAUCUACCCAGAUCUGCCGAAUGUCUACACGGAUAUCUCAAGAUACGUUGUCUGGAUCAACAAGAUUCUGAAGGAUAAUUAUUAAAUAUAAACUUGUUACUCAAAGCUUUGCUCCAGCAUCUCAGAGGUUAAAUUUAGCCUCUUGAUAUAAUUGCUUCAGUAGUGUUUGCUCUUAAACCUAAAUGCAGAAUAAAAACAUCUUUCAAACA